AUGUCGCAAAAGCAACAAAGUCCAAUAACUUGUCAUGUUCUUGACACGUCGCGAGGUGAACCAGCGGAAAUGCUCCCAAUUAGAUUGGAAGUGAAAAAAGCACCGACGACUUCUCCAGAAGAGUAUGACAAGGAUUGGAUUCUUGUGGCUGAAGGAGAAACAAAUAAAGAUGGCAGAUGUCCGAACCUUCUUUCACCUGAAAGUCACAAAAUAACUCGAGGAAUAUAUCGUAUCACUUUUAAUACAAGUUCUUAUUUUGACAAUUUUGAAGUAGAGACCUUUUAUCCAUAUGUUCAGGUUAUCUUUAGUAUCACCGAUACGGAAGGACAUUAUCAUGUUCCAUUGAUCCUGAGCCCUUACUCUUAUACCACUUAUAGAGGAAGCUAA